AUGAAGUUAGUUAAAAUAAGCUUUGUUUGUGAAUUAUACCAAGGAAAAUUAUACAAGAGAAAACAACCUGAGUAUGGGGUCCUAUCUACAGAAAAUAUCACUAUCAAUAUUGCAAUACGCAAUCACAGCUUCCAAAUGGAUGAGAACAAAUUGCUGCAGCAAUUUUUGAACAAACCAGAAAAUCAAGAAUUUAAGUCGCUUCUUGGUGGUAAUCAGCAACAGAAUCAUAGUCAGCAUAGUGAUCAAACCCACAGAGGAAGCCAAGACCAUGAAUUUGCGUAUAGAAGUCAGCAAGAAGCUUUUAAUCAACAUUUGCAACAACGUUUACAGCAACAAUUCCAUCAUUCUAAUAAUCAAUUUCAUCACCAGCGGCCCAAUGCCCAUCAAAUGAUCCAAUCCGUUGGCGAUUCUGGAAUGAUUGAAGAUUUUGUCAAGCCAAAACACCUAAUUUUAGACGAAAUUAGCGAUUCAAUCAAAGUUGAUGGGAGGGAUAUAUCAAGCGCCGAUUAUUCCACCUGGGAACAUAUACUCAGUUCAGAUAAUCUACUAAAGGGCGUUAGACACAAAGGUUUUGAGUCGCCAUCUCGAAUUCAACGUUGCGCAUUGCCUUUGAUUCUCGGGGGAGGGCGUAAUGUCAUAGCACAAGCUAAAAAUGGUUCUGGUAAAACGGCGACCUUUGCACUAGCUAUGCUUGCAAAGGUGAAUCCAUCAAUUGAAUCCCUUCAGGCAUUCUGUUUGUGCCCAACUCGUGAGCUUGCCAUACAAAACAAGAAUGUGAUAGAUGAUUUGGGCAAGUUCACAGGCAUUAAAACAUUCGUAGGUAUACCGCAAUGUCCCAGAUUUGAGAAGACUGACAAAUACCAAUUAUAUGUAGGGACUCCUGGUAAGACUAUGGAUCUACUUAAGCGUAGAAUCUUGCCAACUGAAAAUGUUAUACUGCUGGUUAUGGAUGAAGCUGAUGAGAUGAUAAACCCUGAAAAUAACAUGGGCCCCCAGGCAAUACAAAUUAGAACGCAAUUUAAAAGACCUAUACAAAUCUUACUCUUUUCUGCUACAUUCUCAGAUAACGUUCUAAAGUUUGCCACUCAAGUCGCCCCUCAAGCUCAUUUAAUUGAGGUAAAGCGAGAACAAUUGACCCUGGAUUGUAUUGACCAGAGGUACAUGAUAUGUGAUCAUGAGGAAGAUAAGUUUAAGAAGUUAUGCGAUUUAUAUACUAGCAUGAUCUUGGGUCAAUCAGUUAUAUUCGUGAACUCGAGAGAUACCGCUUUUAAGUUGUCGCAGAGGAUGAAAAAUGCAGGCCAUGCGAUAUCGUUACUAUGUGGCACAAUUGGUGGCCAGGGCGGGCCUGGCAUGACAAUGACCCCAGAGAUUCGUGACAGAAUCAUGAAAGAAUUUGUGGAGGGGGAGACUAAAGUGCUUAUUUGCACUGAUGUAUUGGCUAGGGGUAUUGAUGUGCCUCAAGUGACAUUAGUGGUUAACUAUGAAUUGCCACUAUUAUUUUACGGAGGUAGAGUUGAUGAUAAUUUCGCAAAAAUAUGCAUGGAAACAUAUCUGCAUAGAAUCGGUAGGACUGGGAGAUUCGGUACCAAAGGAAUGGCAAUAAAUUUGAUUACUUCUGCGCAAAUGCCUUUGAUAGAAUCAAUUAAACAGUUUUUCAAUUGCAAAAUCGACCGCCUCGAUUGUGAUGCCGCAGUUAUCGAGUCUAUGGUACAUAGCUUCCGUUAG